AUGAACGGGCACGGCGAUUUAAACAACUCCCACGCUGGGAGGAAGGCAGUUGAGCUGACCCCCGACCCAGCCCACGCGUAUCGAUCCCUCGCCAUUGACCCAUCCAAAGAUGAUACUGAAACCCGAGAGAAAUACCGUCCGUUUAUUCUUGAAGACAAGUUCUUUAAGGAUAAUUGGGUUGCAGAAUUGGAGCUGAGCACAGCUAUCCAAAUGGUUCAGUCCGAGGUUCUCGAUAAAGGCCUAGAUCGUUUACGUAUCCUGGUCCUCUACGGUAGCCUACGGAGUCGAUCAUAUUCCCGCCUCCUUGCGUUCGAAGCCUCACGAAUCCUCCACCGUCUCGGCUGCGAUGUUCGAGUCUACGAUCCAGCCGGCCUCCCUCAAAAAGAUGAUGUUCAACACAAUCACCCCAAAGUUCAAGAGCUUCGAGAGCUGAGUAAAUGGAGUGAUGGUCAUACCGGCAUCUUCAAACAACAAAUAGACUGGAUCCCCCUCUCAACUGGCUCCGUCCGCCCAACACAAGGCCGAACCCUCGCCAUCGCCCAAGUUAGCGGCGGCUCUCAAUCAUUCAAUGCUGUCAACUCAUUACGUAUGCUCGGGCGCUGGAUGAGAAUGUUUACUAUACCGAAUCAGAGUUCUGUACCAAAGGCUUAUACACAGUUUACGGACGAGACCGAGGGAAGUCGCAUGCUGCCAAGUGGAAAUCGAGAUCGCCUUUUCGAUUGCAUGGAGGAGCUUGUGAAGUAUACUAUUGUCAUGAGACCGCAUUUUGAUCUAUUUGGGGAUCGGUUCAGUGAGAGGGAGGAGAGGAGGGUGAAAGAGAAGAAGGAGGAAGUCAAAUAG